AUGGGAACGCUGCCGGCCACGGGGACAGUGCGAGCCGUGCCGGUGCCGUGCGGCACAGGCGGCCCCGGCAGCACGGCCGAGCUCAAGCGCGCCCUGCGCCAAGUGCUGGACAGCUGGGAGGACCCGGGCUGCUCCUGCCACGGCCCCCCCGGGCACCCGGACGCCCUCAACGCCACCCUGCCCCGCAGCUGCAAGGACAUCAAGGCCACCAACCGGGCGGCCAAAGACGGGCUCUACAUGCUGCGCACGGCGGACGGCGAGAUCUACCAGACCUUCUGCGACAUGGGCACGGCCGGCGGCGGCUGGACGCUGGUGGCCAGCGUGCAUGAGAACAACGCGCACGGCAAGUGCACCGUGGGCGACCGCUGGUCCAGCCAGCAGGGCAACAACCCGCUGUGGCCCGAGGGCGACGGCGCCUGGGCCGACAACAGCACCUUCGGCUCCGCCGUGGGCGCCACCGCCGAUGACUACAAGAACCCAGGUUACUACGACCUUGGUGCCAGGGACAUGGCCGUGUGGCACGUGCCCAACCGGGCGCCCAUGGGCGAGUGGCAGCCGCGGGCCCUGCUGCGCUACCGCACGCACAGCGGCUUCCUCGCCGAGGAGGGUGGCAACCUGCUCCGCCUGUUCCAGAAAUAUCCGGUGAAAUACGGAGCUGGGCAGUGCCUGAACAACAACGGUCCGGCGGUGCCCGUGGUCUACGACUUCGGCUCGCCGGAGGUCGCCUCCAGAUACUACUCGCCCUAUGGGCAAAAGGAAUUUAUCCCCGGCUUCCUCCAGUUCCGGGUCUUCAACAACGAGAGGGCGGCGAUGGCUCUGUGCCCUGGCAUGAAGGUCACGGGCUGCAACACGGAGCACCACUGCAUCGGCGGAGGCGGGUACUUCCCCGAGGCGAGUCCGCAGCAAUGCGGCGACUUCCCCGCGUACACCUGGAACGGCUACGGCACCCACACGGCCUGGAGCACCUCCAAGGAGAUCCUCGAGGCUGCCGUGCUGCUCUUCUACCGCUGA